AUGAUAGCUGACCCAAAGGAGCUGAUUCGAUUGGUCACACAGCAUGUGUCUGCAUAUUCGAAUUGGCCGGAGGAGCUGCAGAAGUUGAUCAACCAGCUGCAUGUGUACAACGAACGUCUGACUGACUUCACCCAGGCCCAAGUAUUACAGGGGCUGGGCCGCGGGGUGGACGUCCAGCGCUUCAGCUCCGACUCCGACUACAAGAAGGAGACCAUCCUUGGCCUCACAGAGACACUCGAUGACGCUGUGUACAGGAUCGCUCUGUCUCUGGCUAAGCGCUACAGCAUUCCUCUGUGGGAGGUCUACAUGACUCACCUCGAGUUCCUCUUUACGGAUAGCGGUCUUUCCACCAAGGAAAUUGAAUCCCGGAGCGAGUCCCUCGGCCUGUUUGACACUUUAAAGUGCAACCCUCAGGCCUUUUAUAGCCACAUGACCAAGUACGUUAUGCCCACAGUGGAGGGUACUGACCUGGGCCGCCUGCUCUACUACUUCACCUUGCUAGAUGCUGCAGGGUGUGAGCCUCACGUCACCACCACCAUAAAGCCAAACUCCCAUGUCAAACUGCUCAAGAAGCUUCGAGCUGUUGCCAACGGUUUGAACUACCGAAAUCUGACUGAUGAAUUGUUGGAUCCGCUGGACGCUCUGCAGCCAGUUCUGACCAGUCAGAACGUACUGUCCAUCUCCAAGCUUGCUAAUCGGCUGCCUGUGCUGGGUGGUGGAGGGGCAACAGUCUCCCCCAGUGCAGUCCAUGCAGUAUGGCUGCAGAAGCUGUUUUGGAAGGGAGACCCCCAGUUGCUGAAGAGACCCCCACAGAGCGAUCAAGACUACCUCCAUGCGUAUGACGCCUGUGCCAAAUACUUGGACAGGCUGGUGCCCGCUGACGCUGUCCACUUCCUGGAUAGCAUCACCUUCUCACCUGAUGCAGUCAAACAUCUGAGCAUCCAGGCGAGGUCAGAGGUGAUAAAGCGAGCCACCAAAGCCCUGCGCCAGCUGGGCGAGAAGAGCAAGAAGAGAGGAGGCGAUGGUACUGGGGAGCAGGAAGGGACAGACCCAGCAGGGAUGACUUUUGAUGAGGCUCUAGCACACCUGCAGCAAUCACAAGCCCACCUGGAUACCCUGAGCCAUGCCUUCAUACUGUCACUCAAAGACAGCCAGCAGCGUUACAGUCAACUUUAUGAUUUGUCCCGAUCGGAGAGGUCAAAAGUACAUGAGCUGGCGGUCACCAUGGCAACUGAUGGGCAGCCUCUGGAGCGCAUUGGAGAGCUUCUGCACGUGGCUGUUGGUCCCCUGGACCUGUCUGUUAAAACGGUGCUUCAGGAUGCAAUGGAGAGAGUAGUGGCUGCACUCAGCGAAGACCCAGGCGCCCUGACAAAUUACCCACAACCCCUCAGGGUCCUGGAAGCCAUGGUGACUGCUGUGCACAACAAUGUCCAGACUGGCGACAGCACAGUGACUUCUGAUGACCUCCUGGCUUGGUUGCAUCCAUUCUGCAGUGACGCGUCACUACCUGUGCGGCCUCGGAUCGACGUGCUGCAGAUCCUGGAGAGUAACUUCAACCUCCGGGACAGUGACGUUCGUCUUCUGCUGCUCUACAGAACUCAGGCUGUUCUCAAAGACAGAGAGGUAAUGUGCACAGAUGCGCUCACACAUUUACAAGCAACCAUGACUCAUCAGCCCUCCACUCAUUAUAGUGCAAAUUUUAGAGAUGUUAAGUAUACGUUAGUUGAGAAACAACUUUAAUUCCAAGCACUCUAAAAAAUAAAAUAAAAUAGAACACUGGUA